AUGGCCUCAGAAGAGCCGGUACGCGCUCUACGCGACAUAUUUGGGGACCCUAAGCCCCCAGAGAUAACCCGUAAGAUCACGGCGUGUGUAGCAUGUCGCAAGCAAAAGAUAAAAUGCCAGAUGGGCGGCUCUAAACCGCCAUGUGUACGCUGUAAAAGAAGGGGACUCUCUUGCGUGGUCAACCAGAGCUUGCAAAUGCUGCUUGAAAGCGACGUUCGCUGGAGGGAUUUAGCGGAGAGGAAGUUUAAAAGUCUCCAGCAGGCGGUGCGGCAACUCGCUGACAAGUCGUUAUCCGUUGAGGAUGCCCGGGCACUCAAGAUGUCACUGCAGGAUGACGAGUCUCGAGACACAGAUGUUUUGAAUAAUACUCCAGGAUCUGAAAAGCUCCCCCAGAGUGGACAUAUUACAUCAAAGCCAUCAAACAUAACCGUAAAUCAAGCAACUGGCGAUUGUGAAGUGGUUAUGGAUUUGGCUUCUGGUGCCAGUUCCAUCCCGGGGUUUCACAUCUCGCCAACUCCUGGAAACCAGACGGCAGACGUUAAUGGCGACCUAAUUUCUAAUGGUACCAUUACGGCUGCCAAUGCAGAAAGAUAUUUCAAGACCUACCAGAACCGCCUCGACCAUUUCCCAUAUCGUAUACUUGGGAAUCACAGCAACGCAACACUGGAUACCAUUCGGAAAGCAACACCUCUCCUUACUGCUGCUGUCUGUACGGUCGGUGCACUUCACCUUGCAUCCGCAGAAUUUGAAGCGUGCUACAAGGAGUUUAUAUCUUUGUCCGCUACUCGAAGCUUUUCUAAAUCUUGCACCGUUGAUGAUGUUCGAGCACUCUGCAUCGGGGCUUUUUGGCUCAGCGGCCAUUCCUGGACACUGGUGGCAUCAGCCGUUCGGAUUGCUACUGAGUUGCACCUCCAUAGGAGCAUAUUCAAAGCCCUGCAAGGCGAUCGGGUGCAUUACUACAGAACCCGUCUUUACCUGUUAGUAUAUGCGUGUGAUCAUCACUUUUCGGUGGCCUUUGGCCGCCCGCCAAUGACGAGAGAAUGCGAGACAAUUCGCAACGUCAGGAAGUUCCUCGAUUGCCCUCACGCUACUCCCGAUGAUGCUCGUUUGGUCAGCCAAGUACUGCGAUGGAGUCUCUGCUCGCAGAUAUAUGACUCUUUCGGCGCUGAGGUCGAGAAACCAUUGACGAGCUCUCAGAUAAAAGAGUUGCAAAAGUAUAGCAUCGCUCUAGACAGCCUCCGGCUGGAAUGGGCUGAUAGCUUCAGUCCAAAUGUUCAUAUCGGGGAUUAUCCGCGAAAGGGAGUCACGCUUCAAUACCACUUUGCUAAGCUCUAUCUCUGCUCGCACGCUUUCCGAUGCACUGAGUUAGCCGGAGGCUUUAUUGAGCCCUUGACAGACUUGGAUGAAGUCGCAAACAUGGCAAUCGCGUCGGCUCUCGCUAUUCUGAAAGCGGUGGUUCAUGAUACGGAGAUCCAGUCAUUUCUUGACGGUCUCCCGAUUUAUUUUGACACUAUGAUUGCGUUUGCGGUCGUGUUUCUUAUCAAAGUCUUCUCAAAUAAUUACUUCGUGUCGGUUCGGCCAGACAAAACAGAAGUUUAUAAGCUGCUCGAGUUUCUACUCACCACAUUAAAAAGGGUGAUAUCCACAAUGCACCCUCAGCAUCUUCUUGUCAAGAUUUGCAGAGGAAUCGAGACACUACUUCAGCGAUCAAACUCGGGAAAUGCCUUGGGUCUCCCCCAUAGCGGAAGCCCGGUAGCUGGUAAUUCUGGCAACGGAUAUACAGAAAACCCCGACUGGGACACAAGUCACGAUCUUGAGCUAUUUUCUAUGAGCGAGUAUGACUUUUUGAAUCAGGAUAUUGUGGCCGACUUUCCUUUUACUAUCGAUACCGACCCAGCUCUGUAG